CCUUCCUUUACGAGCAUGUCUAUACAGAUUAGCGAAUUCAUAGAGGGUGCUUGUGCCGUCUCCAGAUAUGAGCCGGAUCUCUCGCUCAAUCUCGAAAUAUGCGAGAUGAUUAAUAAGAAGCAAGGAAACACACCUAGAGAAGCUGCCAUGGCUAUCGUCAGAAUGGUGAACAGCCGACAUCUCAACGUCUCCAUGCUGGCACUGACGUUGUUGGAUAACUGCGUGAAAAACUGUGGUUAUCCUUUCCAUUUACAAAUAGCAACCAAAGAGUUUUUGAACGAACUUGUUCGCAAAUUUCCUGAACGGCCAGCGCCGUUUCCCAACCCAGUUACGCAACGUAUUUUAUCCAUGAUUAAGGAGUGGAAGAUUGCCCUCGCCGAUAUGUCGAGGCAUAAGGAUGACCUUGUUCACAUUAAAGAUAUGUACCGGUUAUUGAGAUUCAAAGGUUACCGAUUUCCAGACACGAGAGAAGCAUCAGUGGCUGCACUAGCUCCGUCUCAGAGUCUUAAAUCCCCAGAAGAACUUGAGGCAGAAGACAGAAUUGCCCAGUCGGCAAAACUACAAGAAUUGAUCCGAAGAGGUAGACCUCAGGAUCUUGUGGAAGCCAAUCAUUUAAUGAAAAUCAUGUCGGGAUAUGAUCUGCGGCAAAAGCCAAAUUACAAACAACAAGCUGCAGAGGAACUUCAUAGAAUACAAGAGAAGGUCAUCCUGCUGAACGAGAUGCUACUAAGUCUGAAGCCUGGUGAAAAGCCAGACAAGGAUGAUACCAUUGUUGAGUUGAAGAAUUCCUGUAUAAACGCUCAGCCUAAGAUCCAGAAAUUUGUCACAGAGGAGGAGGAUUCAGAAAGCAUAGAGAGAUUGUUGACAUUAAACGAUAUGAUCAACAAUGUGACAGCAAAGUAUGCUGACUUACGAAAAGGCAUUUACGACACUCACUAUGAAGUCAACGGUACUCAGCCGCAACAGACGAACUCCACCGAGCCUCCCAAGCAAGCUAUUAGCUUAAUCGAUUUUGAUGAUGAGAUGCCUUCCCAUGGCACGUCCGCUUCACAAAGCAAAUCGUCAAGCAAUGCGAACUCCAGUGCCAACUUGAUGGACGAACUUGAUGGUCUUUUCGGACCCAGCAGUACUACUAGCACACCCGCCGCCUCUAGUACCAACCAAAAUGCAGAUCUGUUCGACUUGGUUGCUCCCAUGGGAAGCAUGUCAAUGAAUGCCCCUCCUAAGAUACCUCAGCAGCAUAUUGCAGCCUCUCCCAAACCGCCAUCCAUAGCAUCACCUGCCACCCACUCUGCAUCGUUGUUGCCGGAUUCGUCUUUUGGCUCACCAAAGACCAGCGCCACGGCUAUUACCAAGGCUGUAUCCCCUCAGCCUGAAGCUAGUGCCAACACCGAGAACUUUGCCCCCAUCACCUUCUUAGAAAAGAACGGCCUUAGAAUUGUUUUCCAACCUUCGUACUCUAACGGCACCACUCACUAUGAAGCUUUAUUCUCCAACACAUCGACUGCUCCAAUGGACCAAUUGAUGUUCCAACUAGCUGCUCCAAAGAGCAUGCAACUGAAAAUGGAUCCUCAGUCGUCUCAGACUAUUCCUGCCCGAAGCGUAGAUAGCGUGCGACAGAAAGUGCACAUCAAGAAUCCCAACCAGGACCCUGUCAAGCUCAAAUACAAAGUUACUUACGCACAACACGGCGUUGAUAUGGAACAAACCGGCCAAUGGUCCUCACACGCCUAAACUGAUAUUUGUCACCCUCAAUGACGUCUAUAAUCACCAUGUUGUAUUUUCUU